AUGACGGCAUUUAUAGGCAAUGGGUUGUAUAUUCUUCCAAAUGGCCUUUUGGAUAAUUUACCUCGUCUUGUUGGCGCGGACUUUUCUGACAAUAACUUAAUCAAUUCUUGGGAUUUGGAAAUCCAAAGAAGCAAAGAAAUUCAGGCAAUAUCGUUUCAUAGCAAUAAAAUGCUAGAAAUUAAGCCUCUUAAAAACUUGAACGACCUCGUAUCGCUAAUGCUCCAGAACAACCACAUUUCGAUUAUCAAGUCUAAUACAUUUGUGAACCUCGCAUCACUUUUGAUUAAUAACCUGUCGGAGAACAGAAUAAAUACUGUUGAAUGGAAUUCGUUUGUGAACGUACCUAAGUUAAAACAUUUAUUUCUAAGUAAUAACCGAAUAGUGCAGAUGAAUGGUAUUUUCAGCGCCAACAUGAGCCUUACUUCUUUGUAAGUUAAGUAUUUAUUGCUUAACAUUAUUCUACACCUUGACUUUC